AUGAGGGGUGGUGGUGGAUGGUCCCCCUGUCUUCGAGCCCUGGGUGGACAAAGAGGCUUCCGGAAAGAGAGGAGGAAGAUGGCCAGUGGGAAUGGGCUCCCUUUAUCCUCGGCCCUGGUGGCCAAGAGGCCCUCUGCCCUGGGCCCAUUCCCCAGAUACAUCUGGAUCCACCAGGACACACCCCAAGACAGCUUAGACAAGACUUGCCAUGAAAUCUGGAAAAGAGUUCAAGGCCUGCCUGAGGCCUUGAAGCCCAGGACCUCGAAGGAACAGCUCUCCACCCCCAUGGCUGGGACUCCAAGAGACAACAGGCUCAGCUUCCAAGAAGAAGCUCUGGAGCUCAGCCGUGACAAAGAUGAGAUCUCCCUGUUGGUGGAGCAGGAGUUCUUGAGCCUGACCAAAGAGCACAUCAUCUUAGUCACAGAGAGCUCGGGGGAGCUGGACGCACCCAGCGUUUCCCCUGAGGGGCCCAGACAGCCAGCUCCCUGCCUCCUCGCCCCUCCUCCUGUGGCAAACAGCACUGAGUACCCCGGAACCACCAUCAUCGCCGCCGACACACUUCUGGAGCCGAAGGUGGCCGUGUCCGUGAUCAGCAGCCGGCAGGACCGCGACUCUGUCAUGUCUACAGUCACGGGCAUUCUGCGUGCUGCCAAGGUCAAGAGUGUCAAGGGGACAGAGGAUGGGGGCCACAUCCUGGGUGCCUCCAACUCAGAAAUCAAUAGGCUCCUGGCCCAGUUCCCACUGAAGUCCACAGAGGCAACCAAGGUUCCUGACAACAAGAUGGUGCUGGAGGAGAUGAGGGUCAUCAAGGACUUCCUGCAGAACAGCAUGUUCAGCGGCCUGGGAUCCAGGGAACCCACAGAGCUGGGCCCCUUCCUCUUGCUGCCGCCCCCGCGUCCCGCACCCCCUGACAAGCUCCCUGAGCUCCCUGCUCAGAAGAAGCAGCUCCCGGUGUUUGCCAAGAUCUGCUCCAAGCCCGAGGCUGACUCCGCCAUGGAGAGGCACCUCUUAAUGGAAUGGAACUCUGGUGCCAAGAAGCCGACCAAGGGUCGAGAGAGCCUCUUUCUCAGUCAGUGGCCCCAGAGCCGGAAGGACACGUGUGGUGAGGAAGGGUGCAGUGACCCAGUGGGCUCCAUCUCCAUGGCCCUACCAGCCAAGAAGCCUGCGUGGCCAGCCAAGAAGAACCUGCUCUAUGAGUUUCUUGGGGCCGCCAAAAACCCAAGCGCUCAGCUAAAGCUUCGCAGGAAAGUGGAGGUGGAUGCGCUGGAGCUGAAACUUAACCCACCUGUGACGGCGGCCGACAAGAGCAACCUCAAGUACACAGGGAAUGUUUUCACCCCGCGCUUUGCUACAGCCUUGACCUCAGCCACCCCGAACCAGCCGCUCUGGCUCAACCUGAACUAUCCACCUCCGCCCAUGUUCACAAAUCACUCCACCUUCGCACAGUACCAGGGCCAGUACCCACAGCGUGCAGCCAGGAUGCCCUACCAGCAGGCCCUGCACCCCCAGCUGGGCUGUUACUCCCGACAGGUGACACCGUACAAUGCACAGCAGAUGGGACAGCAGAUUUUCCGCUCUUCCUACACGCCCCUGCUGAGCUACAUCCCCUUCGUCCAGCCCAACUAUCCAUACCCUCAGAGGACACCUCCAAAGCUGUCCACCAAUCCCCGAGACCCUUCCCCCAUGGCAGGAGAUGGGCCACAGCACCUGGUCCCCCAGGCGUACGGGUUUGGCUCGACGGCUGGCAGGUCCGUGAUGAACAGCCCGUAUUUUUCCUCCAGUGGGAAUGGCAUAAAGUUUUAG